AUGGACGAGAAGGACACCAAGGUUGUUGAGAUGCAUGACACAUCGUCGCCGCAACAACCAAUGCAAAACGAAAAGGUCGACAACAUUGCGGUCGCUCCUACACCAGACUACUCCGCACCCAAGGCCAAGACCGAACAGCUCGAAGAUGCGAGGGGAUGGGAAUCUGAGAACCUGAUCCAGGAUCUCGAGAAGGAGUUGGAGCAGGCCAACUACAAGAAGGGCUUAUUGGAUAUCGAAUUCAAGAAUCCCAAGCAUUUCACAUGGAUGAUUGUCGCUUUCGCAUCUAUGGGUGGUCUACUUUCUGGCUUGGACCAGUCGCUCAUCUCUGGUGCUAACCUCGAACUUCCCGAUGAUCUCCACCUUACCGCUCAACAAAACUCCCUCGUCAACUCCGGUAUGCCGCUAGGAGCUAUUGCGGGUGCCUUCCUCAUUUCGCCAUGCAACGAAUACUUCGGUCGCCGCUGGGCUAUCAUCAUCUCCUGUAUCCUCUACACUAUCGGUGGCGCGCUCGAGGCCGGAUCCAUGAACUACGGCAUGAUCGUCGCUGCUCGUGUCAUCCUCGGUGCCGGUGUCGGUCUCGAAGGCGGUACUGUCCCCGUCUACGUCGCUGAGACUGUCGAAAGCAGACUCCGUGGUAACCUCGUUUCCCUCUACCAGUUCAACAUUGCCCUAGGAGAAGUUCUUGGCUAUGCCGUUGCAGCCAUGUUCAUCACCGUACCGGGUAACUGGCGCUAUAUCCUUGGUUCAUCGCUCGUCUUCUCCACUAUCAUGGGCAUUGGUAUCCUCUUCAUGCCUGAAUCUCCUAGGUACCUUAUGCACAAGGGCAAGACUCUGGAGGCAUUCAAGGUCUGGAAGCGCAUUCGUGGUACUGCUACCCACGAAUCUCGCGAGGAGUUUUUCGUCAUGAAGGUUAGCACUGAGAUGGAAGAAGCCGAGGUGGCUGCUGGGCGCACAAACCGCUUCCCAUGGAUGGACUUCUUCACCAAGCCGCGUGCUCGCCGUGCUAUCAUCUACGCCAACAUCAUGAUCUUCCUAGGACAAUUUACGGGUAUCAACGCAAUCAUGUACUACAUGUCUGUACUCAUGAAUCAAGUCGGCUUCGACAAGGUUACCUCCAACUACAUGGCUCUCGUUGGAGGUGGUUCUCUUCUCAUCGGUACCAUCCCAGCCAUUUUCCUGAUGGAAACUUGUGGUCGUCGUUUCUGGGCCAUUGCCAUGUUGCCUGGUUUCCUCGUCGGUCUCGUCCUUGUUGGUGUAUCAUACCAGAUCGAAUCUCUGCAAGGUACUCUUGGUACCUACUUCACCGGUCUUAUCCUGUACGAAUUGUUCUUUGGUUCUUACGCCGCAUUGACCUGGGUCAUUCCCUCUGAGGUCUACCCAACCUACCUCCGUUCUUACGGAAUGACCACCUCCACCGGAUGGCUCUUCCUGUCUUCUUUCAUCGUCACCUACAACUUCACUGGCAUGCAAAACGCCUUCACAAAGACGGGUCUUUCCCUGGGUUUCUACGGCGGUAUCGCUGUAUUGGGCUGGUUCUAUCAGAUCUUCUUCAUGCCUGAAACCAAAGAUCUGACACUUGAGGAGAUUGACCAGUUGUUCCAGCAGCCUACCCGAAAGCUUGUUGCACAGAACGCGAAGAGCUCAUGGGAAGUUACCAAGGACUUGUGCAGCUUCAGAUUUAAGAAGGUGUUCAUUGACAACAACAGGAGGGGUAGACGCGAGGAGUAG